UAAAUGGUAAAACAAUGAUGUCAACAUACAAAAGAUCACACUACAUUUGGUAGAGUUUAUAUAAAGGUCACAUGAUAAUUCAGCACAUGAACUUCAACUUUAAUUUAUUAUUGCAAAUUUUUUUUUAGUAUAACUUGUGCUAUAGGUACGAUGGCGUUGUUAUUUCAUAUAUGCGGACUUUAUCACAGCAAUGGCAGUAAACUUUUUAUUGGUCUAUUUCUGUUGCUAGCUAUAUUUAGCAAACAGCUUAACGUGUCAGGAGAAGAUUAUCCUCAAAACCCGAACAACUUUAGGGCAAAUUCGAGUACAUUCAAUCCAACGGAUCAAUCUAAUAUGCAAUAUCAACCUUCGUAUGGUAAUUUAAAUGAUCAGCAAUUAUUUCAACAACCAUCAGACCAAACAUUGGAUGGUAGUCAGAGGAUUCCAAAUAAUUUACCCAAUCAACAAAAUAUGUACCAAAAUCAACCACAACCAAUGAUGACUAACAAUGGUAUAUUACCAUUAGGAAGUCAAUCACCGCAACGAUUUCAACAACAGCAAUAUCCUAUAAAUUCAGUUAAUAAUAACGAAUCACCAUCAAUGUUGGGACAGCCACAACAAAUGCAGAAACAACAAUAUCCUGAAAAUUCAUUUAAUAAUAACGAACAGCCAUUUACUAAUGGUCAGCAACAGAAAUUUCAGCAACAACAGCCACCCCAACAACAAUAUCCUACUAAUUCAGUUAAUAAUAACGGACAGCCAUCGACGAUUGGUCAACAACAGAAAGUGCAAUAUCCAGCAAACUCAAUUAAUAAUAAUGGAGAACCAUCGUUGAUGGGUCAGCAAAAACCCCCUCAACGAUUACAACAACAACAACAGAAUCCAGCGAAUUCGCUUAACAAUAAUGAUCCGGCAUCAAUGAUAGGCCAAGUAAUGCCACAGCAACAAUUGCAACAAAUACCGCAACAAUUGCAGCAAAUACCACAACAAUUGCAGCAAAUACCGCAACAAUUGCAGCAAAUACCGCAACAAUUACAACAAAUACCACAACAAUUGCAGCAAAUACCGCAACGACUGCAGCAAAUACCACAACAACUAUUACAACAAGCACAACCUAAUACAACAUUGAGUCCGAAUCCAUCCGCGUUACCGACAAACGCAAAUCAACCACAGAAAAACAAAUUCAACGGAGAACCACAACAACUAACUUCUAAUGUCCAAAAUCAGCCACUAACCUCACAAGGUAAUCAACAACCAGCAUUAACAUCUAAUAACAACAAUAUGGAUUUAAUGUCUACUCCGCAAAAAUUAUUGGGUAAUACUAUGGGCUCAUUAACACCACAAUUCACGUCUCAACAACAGCCAUCAGAGGUUAUUAACCCAUUAAAAAACAAUGGAAUGAAAAAUCAACAACAAAUUAUGCAACAAUUACAAAAACAGCGACCACAACUCCAACAGCAGCUACCAAUCAAUUCAAAUCAACAGAACGUUCAAGAUUUUCAGCAAUUUGAUCAAAUGGGUAAUGAAAUACAACAAUUAACAGGUAGACCUACACAACUCGAAAACAAUUACAAUAAUAAUGAAAAAAUUAACGCUUACGUAAAUAAAAAUAAACCUACAGUGGGCAUUUAUAAAGGUUUUCGUUUUCAAAAAUUAUGUUCUAAACCAACAGGAUCAACAAUUGAUAAUGGCAGUAAGUUAAAUUCAGCAAACAUGAUGCAACAACCUACAAAUAUGAUACAACAACCAAUGAACAUGAUGCAACAAGAUGGAGGAAAAGCAAUGAGAUUUCCCAUGCAGGUAGGCCGUGAAUUUGGAUCAGUUUUAUUGAAUGGAGCACAAAGUUUAAUGAAUGCUAAACACGCAGCCGUAAAUACUUUACUUAGACCAUUUGUUGCACUACCGUCAAUAAGUAGUUCUAUAAUGCAAAUGGAACAAAAUGGAUUAAACAGGUUAUCUAACAAUUUACUAGGAUCACAAGGGCAGUCUGUCGGGACAGACAAUGGCUACAAUGUCGGCGUCAAUCCUAAUCCUUCGGGUACAUACAGUAACUAUCAGCAAGAUACAGACUCUAAUUUACAAUAUCCACAACAAAUGAGUCAGCAGAAUUUACAGCAACCAACUCAACAAUACCCACAACAAGGCAAUCAAUUAUAUCAACCACAAACUAAUCAACCGUAUCAACAACAAAUGACUCAACCAUAUCAACAAGAACCUACUCAACCGUAUCGACAACAAACCUCCCCACAGUAUCAACAAGAACCUACUCAACCGUAUCGACAACCAACCUCCCAACAGUAUCAACAAUAUCAACAAAAAAACCCUCAACAAUACCAACAAUAUCCGCAGCAGGCCAAUCAAUACUAUCCAGAACAAUCCACAAACAGAAACACACAAUUAAGAAGACAAAAUUCCAUUAAUUCACCACAACCGAUACGUACGUACUCAUAUCAAAAUGCACCUGUAGUAGCUUAUUAAUGUAAAUUAUUUCGCUAAAAUAGUUAUUUUUUAAGUGUUAAUAUUAUGGUUUUUAUUUGGUAUAAGUAAUAAAUUAUAAACAAUGUCAAUCAUUUAGUAACAUUUAUUAUGUGUCUGGUGUAUAUAUCUUUUUGCUGUUUUUGGUAUGUGGAAAUACUAUAUCAAAAUUAAAAUAUAACUUUGAAUACUAUCAAUAAAAUAAAGCCGAAUACAAAUUUUAAAUGAA